GGGCUGCUUUGUUGUAGGUCAGUAAGUGUCCUGCCCCUUUACCAGAAUAGUUUAGUCUGUGACCACAUCUCUUAUGAAAGAUGGGGGAAAGGUUGCAAAGUCAAAAAAGUUUAGUUUGCUCUUUUGUUGAUUGUAAAGCUACGUUCAGUAAGUCAUGGAAGCUUGAGGCUCAUCUCUGCAAACACACAGGAUUGAAACCGUUCUCCUGUGAGGACUGUGACAAGAGCUUCUGCACUCGUUCUCAACUCACCAGACAUGAAUUCAAUCACAGUGGGGGAAAACCACACAAGUGUCUGGCUGAUGGGUGCUCCAAGGCCUUUGUCACAAAUACCAGCAUGAAGAACCACAUGGCUCGAAUUCACCAGCACAAGGAGAAGAGCUAUAGAUGCGACCAUACGGGCUGCGAUAAAGAGUUCAACAAGAGGAACAAGCUGAAAGCACAUAUGUGUGACCACCAACAGAUUCUUCCAUUUCCUUGUACUUUCAGUGGCUGCACAAAAGAAUUUCCCUCUCACGGAAAACGCAAGCAUCAUGAGAAAAUGCAUGAAGGUUACCCGUGUGAGAAUGAAGAGUGUCCUUUCCUGGGAAAGACUUGGACAGAUUAUCUGAAGCACAGAAGGGAACAUAAAGUCAAGGUGCCGUGUGGACAGUGCAAAAAGCAGUUUACCAACGCCUGGUUCAUGCACCAGCAUGAGCUGCGGGUCCACUCGGGGGACAAGAGGAAGCUGUUGUGCCCCAGGGAAGGUUGUGAGAGAAAGUUCACUCGUCGCUUCAAUUUGGAAAGUCAUGUACUGGGAGACCAUGAGGGCAAGAAGCCCUUCAGCUGUGCGUAUGCUCGCUGUGGGAAGAGCUUUGCAAUGAAGGAAAGCCUGUGGCGACAUGGCGUGAUUCACGACCCAGCAAAGAAAAAGCUGAAGAAGCUGCGUCCUAAAAAGAGCCAGCCCUGGCGUAUAGCACAGCGAGCCAGAAUGGCGGCCAAUCAAGCGGCGGCCAAUCAAGCGGAGGCCAACAAGCUUGCUGUGACGCUGAGCAAUACAACUUUAAAAGACGAACCAAACGCCACCAACUCUUGAGGCUGCAAUGUUUAAAUAUCUGCUUCGAUGUGUUCAUUUUGUGGUGAAGCUAAUUGCAUAAUUUCGGUUGAUUUAUACUUUUUUCUUUCUUCACAUUUGAAAAUAAAGCCUCAUUAAUGCAGCAC